ACCGGGUGGGAGGAAGGGAAGUGGCUGUUCAGUCUGUAUCCCGGGCUGGUACCCCUGGCUACUAGUGUGAUUAGCAACCGUUGCUGCUGACAGCUGCCGGAGGAGGUACAACGCUAACGUCUGCUGGCAACCGGCGAGCCCCAUCUUUGAAAUAAAACCAGAGGUGUGUAGUAAUGAGAGUGGAGGAGUGAAAGAGGAAGGUGUCCCAGUAGAACAUUGGCAGACAAGUGGGAGGCCGGGCAAGGAUGCUGGAGGCAGAUGCAGACCCAGCAAGUGCAGCAGCGGAAGGAGAAGGGGAGGUAGAGAUGGGGAGUGGAGACUUGAAGGCUGAGGUGGUUCGGCUAACUCUAGAGCUCCAGGAGGCCACAGAGGAGAAGCUACAGGCAGCCCGCUAUGGCCUGGUGGUGCUGGAGGAAAGUUCUGCUCUUAAGCUGAAACACAGGCAGCUGGAAGAGGAGCAUGAAGCCCUCAAAGUGGAACUACAACAGCUCAAAGAGGCAUUUGCAGAUUCUGUGAACAGCCAGAAGCGUGCAGCUGCUGAUGGAGAGUGCCGGGAGGAGAGCCUCCUGCAGGAGACUGCCACUAAGGAGGCUGCCAUGGCAACCCGCAUGGACGAAGUCCAAGCAGAGCUUAAGCAAGCACGCCUUGCUCUGAGCAAUGCCCACGCAGAGAUCGAUAGACUUGGGGUGGUCUCCACCCAGCUUAAGAAGGAGUGCGAGUGUCUGGAGGCGGAGAAGGGCCAUCUGAGGGAUGAGAUGAAGGAAUAUAAAAUACGUGAGCUACGCCAGUUGCAGGACAAUGGCGAGCUUGAAGAAGAAAACAUAUCUCUGCAAAAACAGGUGUCUGUGCUGAAGGAAAACCAGAUUGAGUUUGAAUCGAUAAAGCUGGAGCUGACACAGAAGAACGAGGAGCAGGAGGAGCUGCGAGCUCAGCUGGACGAGGCAGCAAGGCUGAGGGAGAUAGCAGAGAUGCAGCUGGAUGAGGCCCUGGAAGCCCUGAAGGAGGAGAGGGAGCAGAAGAACAGUCUGCGGCGAGAGCUCUCUGCCCUGACCCUGAACCCCUUUGAUGCUGUGGGGAGCCUGGAGCUCCACUUGGAGCAGCUGGAUGACAGCCAGGAGGAGGGCCAGGGGGGAGAGGGAGUAGGUGAGGGUGAGGGAGAGGACCAGGACAGCGGCUAUAAUAACGGUCCUGGGUCUGCUCCCAGUUCUGCUCACCCUCCUCACUUGGGGGGCUCCAAAAGUAAUGGCCUCAUCCAUCGCUCCUCUACUCCACGCAACAGUGAUAUGUUCCUGCGUGCUCCGGCUUCUGGGCUGGUGUCUGACCUACUGAGUGAGCUACACUUUUCAGACAGUCAGAAGCUGAAACAGCAACUCCUACAGGCAGAACGAGAGAAGUCCAGCCUGGCUAGCAAGGUGGAGGAACUGCAGAUGCAGCUGGUAAUGUCCAAGCAGGCACUGAGUCAGCAAGAGGACAAGGUUGGCUCUCUCACUCAACAGCUGGAGGCUGUGCAAAGCAGCCAGCGGCACAGCCAGGAGGCAGAGGACAAGGGAGAUGACGAGACAGAGACCGGAGACGGUGGCAAUGGUGUCUUUGACUAUGAGGUAGACACCAAGAGCAAGGAGGUGCUGGAGGCGCGCAUGCGUUCAGCCAGCGAAGAGCUUCUGAAGCUGCGAGAUGAACUGUCUCAGGCAGGAGCGCGUUACAACACUCUGGAGCAGAGGUACAAGCAGGAGAAGGAUCGCUGGAGGGCAGAGGCCCAGGAGCUGGCUGACAAGAUCCGACAAUGCAUCAAGUCCAGUAAACAAGACCAGGAGCGCAUCAGUGAGCUGGAGAAGGAGAUUGGAGCCACACGAAAAGUGGCAAUUGAUUCAGAGGGGCAUCUGAACGUGGCCCAGGAAGAGCUGCUGGCCUUCUCUGAGGAGCUGUCCAACCUCUAUCACCACAUCUGUGUGUGCAACAACCUGACACCCAAACGGGUCACCCUGGACUAUUACCGCGAUGGUGCCAGGGCAAGUGGUGGAAGUAGUGCAAGAAGAUCGCACCAUGUCUACCCCCAGCACAACUCCCAAAAGAAGCCUCGAGCCAAUGACAUGUUCAUCUCCAAAGCUGCAGCAUUGCAGUUUAUGGGCGAGGUGGACAGUGCGGGAACCAGUGGAGACUCUCCUAAUUGCCCAGGGUCCCCCACCUUGGAUUUCAGGGACCCUUCCAACGUCCGCAACUUGGUAGCAGUCAUCCGUUGCCAGAUCAAACACCUCCGGGUGGCUGUGGACCUCUGUCGCCAGAGGGGUGCAAUGCCUUAUUCAGGGCUCAGCAGCAGCGGAGAGUCAGACCGGGAUGCUGAGAGCCUCUUGGAGGAAGUACUAAAACUCAAGUCCCUUCUCAGCACCAAGAGGGAACAGAUUGCUACCCUCAGGACUGUACUUAAGGCUAACAAACAGACUGCAGAGCUGGCCCUGUCCAAUUUGAAAACCAAGUAUGAGACAGAGAAGAGCAUGGUGUCAGAGACGAUGAUGAAACUCCGGAAUGAGCUUAAAGCCCUGAAGGAGGAUGCCGCCACCUUCUCUUCACUCCGAGUCAUGUUUGCCAGUCGGUGUGACCAGUAUGUCACCCAGCUGGAUGAGAUGCAGAGGCAGCUGGCAGCAGCCGAGGAUGAGAAGAAGACACUGAAUUCUCUGCUGCGUAUGGCCAUCCAGCAGAAACUGGCUCUUACUCAGCGUUUGGAGGACCUGGAGGCCCCUCUGUCUCCCCACAGCCUGAACAGCAGCCCUCGUCGCUCCCGGGCCAAAGAACUGGCCACCAAGUCAGGCAGGGCCCCGCGGAGCCCUCGAAGCAGUCCUGCGCGACCCCCACUGAGGAGCAGUCCACGGGCUAGCCCAGUUCUCGGCAGCAGUGUUCCUGCCACAGCCACGCACCACCUGCGAGCUCUGACCCGAAGCCUCCACACAAGCCCCCGCUGAAACACUCCUUCCAUUACUCCAAACCCCCUCUUCUCCAUAAGGACCUGUCUUCAUGUUGACUCCACGGCUCCCUCCUCCCUUCCUGACUCAAGACAUCUUGUCCAUCCCAGAUAUGAUGCUACAUUCCCCACUCUACCCACCACAACCAUGGAUUAAAAAACAGUAAAAAGAAAAAAAAAAAAUCUCUCAUCCCACCCUCUUGGUCUUCUCUGCUUGGAGCAGAGAAACCUGCAUGCAGCCUGGAGAAGGAUGAAGAGACAAAUGUGCUGCUCAUUGCUCUGUGAAGUCAUUGACCGUGUCUUGUCCAAAGUGGUUCCAACUUCCAUCUGGUCUUGUUCAAGGCUGUGUGUUGUGGUGAACCACUGACAGUAUUUAUUCCAGAAUGAGACUUUUCGUGUACAGUAUUACUUUCCUCAGACUCUUGAUUCAAGGCUAUGAUCUGUUUUAAGGCUGUACAUCUUUACACUCUUGCCUUUAAUCUGGCAUCCUAGUCGGGCCUGUCUGGCGUCUUUUAGUGUCUGUAAGCCAUUAGUUCACCUGUGAUAGAUCUCCCAGGUAGUAGUUUUUAUAGAACAAUGCAGCCUUACUAAAAUAAUUGCUACCCUAAAAGUAGAGUGUUUGCUGUAGUCCUGAGGUUUCUCCCUUUUACUGGUGAUACAGUAACAUGCCCUUUUAUAUUCAGUGGCAUUUCUGGCUCUGCCUUCAGCCACACCCUUUAACUAGAGGCCAGUAAACGCACCAUUUCACUGAUGGAAAUAAAUCAGCCAUAAGUCCACCACCUCAGGUCAAGCACCGAGUAAUCUGGUACAUGAUUUGGGAGAUCAUUAAUGUGCAUCUUACUUUGCAAACUAUGCAGACUAAUGUCAGGACAGUGCCUGAAUACUUCCUGCUGUUCUUUAGGAUCAGGGUGGGUUUUGAAACUUACCUUCACUUUCAGUUAACAGUGGCUGGCUGCAACCAUUUUACAAACAGCCAUUUAACAUCUGUCACAAUAAUCAGCUUUUGGAAUUCAUCUGGGAGUGCAUAGUGACACAAGGGCAAGCAUCCAUCAGCUGAUAAUACGUGUCGAACUGUGGGUUUUAAACAUUCACUCUCAUAUCACUCGAGAAUUCAAGUGGCUUGGUUUUCCCCAAAACUAAUACAGACCUGUUGGGCCAUUCUCGUUUCUCUUGAUUGCAAAGUCAUAGCAACAGUUCCCGUUCUGCUUCUGGUUUUUCUCACUCCAGCUAAACAGCGAUCCUCAUGUUUUGUAUGUCAUGAAUUAAUGUCACCAUGCUCAUGUGUGCUACCAAAGUAAGCAUGUUGUGAUGAAGUAGUGUUGCCCACAGCAAGCUAGUUCCUUCUCCUGUGGCUACAGCAUCCAUUGUUUUCAGUUAUGAAUGCUAAUAGUGCUAGCAGGCUGCUGUUAGGGUUGCUGCUUAUAGAAAAAUGAAAUAACAAUAAUGUCCCAUAAUUGUUACAAGCAUUGCACAGUGCUUUACAGCACUAGCCGCCCACUAUUACUGACAACAAUAAAUAAAUAAAUUUAAGAACUUAAAAUAUUUAAAAGCAAGAAGAGAAAAGGAAAAAAAAAACACUUUUCUACCAUGGAAAUAUACACAUAUUCACUGAUAGCCUGAACAUGGGUUGCUUUUAGAGUAGUUUGGUGCCAGGGCUGUGAUUUGAGAACAACAUUACAUUUGUCAACAUUGGCACUGUAACACUAACUGUCUGUAAGUGCAGUUCAAAUUCAAAUUGAAUUGAUCUAAUGUGACCAAUCAUGAUCUUCGGACCACAUUUGGAAAUGGAUGUUUGAAAAAUGAGAACUUAAUGCGCAAGAAAAUGUUGACAUCAUUUUUUUUAAACUGUCCUGUGGUUUGUGAAAGAGGCCACAUCCUGCUGACUUUUUUUUUUUUUUUUUUUUUAAUUUUUAGUGCCUUGGUUUUGAUCUUGUCUGUUGUUUUUAGACUACACAUUUUCUAAAUAGAGGCUACUAUUCAACACUGUAGUUGUGAUUUUUUUUUUUUUUUUUUUUGAAGGUAUGUUUUAUCUGCUUAUGAGGAAACUCACUGAGCAGUGCACUGAAUAAUGUGAUAUCUCAUUUUGGUAAAAUAUUUUCACUUUCUGGCUAGCAUGCCUUGUAUGAACUCAUUAGUAUUAACUAAUGAAUAAUUUGACCUCAGCUGUCCCUUGAAUCAAUGGUCACUAUCUGUAUUUAUUUUAGAGAACUUACUGUGAGACAAGUUACUGUAUAAAGAUUAUUAAUACAGAACAUUAGGAACAUAACAAAAACAUGUGCAAUGUAUCAAUAAGGUUUUAUGGUUGACUGUUCAUGGACUCAUGCUAAAAAGUGAAAAUGCUUUAACAUAAUGUCAUAUUACUUUGAGGGUUGUAAAUGGAUUCUUUGAUCUAUUUAAUUCACUUUGUGCAGAUGUGUGUAUAAUUUAAUUACCACUGUUGUGUAAUAUUUUAACUGUAUUUAUGUUAUAUGUCUGCAUUCUGUGUAAAUUGUUCUAGAAGACGACAUGCACACGCUCCGCAUAACACAUUUGGUGGUCCUCAACUUUUUACGUGUAUGCAAGUUGACCUUUCAUUGACCUGUGAGCCACUUUUGUCAUGAAGAAUUAAAACAAGCCAA